AUGGGUCACCGAUUAGGCACGCCCCGCAUGAACAGUGGCCGGAUGUGGGGUCUGGGCUUCAGAAACCAGAGAAUCCACACCCACCUGAUGGAGAUGAUGCUGUGCUUGAAGCAGACCAUAGAGAAGAACCUCAUGUACCUAACAAUCAGGCACCCGCAGCAGGACCUGGUGCUGGAGGAGCAGAGGCACAGUCAGGGCAUCAGCAAGCAGGAAGCCCUCCUGGGCAACUUAAUGUACCAGUUGGUCAACCUCCUACAGUCUGGGGCCAUGGGUGGCCUGGAGCUCCAAUGGUCUUGGCCUUCCCUGGAUGUUAGGGAUGAUGUCGGAGGUGGGCAGUGGGCCCAGUCAUCCAGGCAGUCUGACACGCUAGUUCACCCACUGAGUGAUCCUGUAGCUACAUUUGUCAGCCAGCACCUGUCCAACCGUGGGACUGACAUCUCUGACUUAUACCACUCCAUCUUCCAGGACUACAAGAUCUACCAAAGAGACAAAUACCACGAGGUCAAGAACACCUUGGGCUUCAUUAACCUUGGACUCAGUGAGAAUAAGCUCUGCCUGGAUCUGAUGACUGAGCGGUUGAGUCAGAGUGAUAUGAACUACAUUGAGGAUGACCUGCUGCAAUAUUCUGAUUGGAGAGGACAACUGUUUCUACGAGAAGAGGUGGCCCGGUUCCUGACCUACUACUGCAAAGUACCUGACCGGCUUGAUCCAGAAAAUGUAGUUGUUCUAAAUGGCUGCUCCUCCGUGUUCUCCACACUGGCCAUGGUUCUGUGUGACCCAGGUGAUGCCUUUCUGAUUCCUACCCCCUUUUAUGGUGGCUUCGCCUUCAGUGCCUGCCUGUAUUCAAAAGUUGAGCUGAUUCUUGUCCACCUGGACAGCGAGGUCACAGAUGCGAAUCCCUGUCCUUUCCAGCUCACUGUGGACAAGUUGGAGCAAGCUCUGUUUGAGGCUAGGCUUACAGGGAAAAAGGUCAAAGGCCUCAUUCUGACCAACCCCCAGAAUCCUUUGGGAGAUGUCUACUCUCAAGACUCACUACAGGAAUACCUGGAGUUUGCCAAGAGGUACAACCUCCAUGUGAUUAUAGAUGAGAUUUACAUGCUAUCUGUGUUUGACGAAUCCAUCACAUUCCACAGUGUUCUGAGCAUGCAAAGUUUGCCUGACCCCAGCAGGACCCAUGUUAUCUGGGGCACCAGUAAGGAUUUUGGCAUCUCUGGCUUCCGCUUUGGUGUUCUCUACACCCACAACAAGGAGGUGGCCUCUGCUGUGAGCUCUUUUGGUUACCUCCACAGCAUUUCUGGCAUUGCCCAGCAUAAGCUAUACCGGCUGCUCCAGGACAGAGAGUGGAUUGACCAAGUGUACCUGCCUGCUUACCGCUCCCGGCUACAGAGGGCUCACGAAUACAUGACCAAGAAGUUGGAGGCAUUAGGGAUCCCUUUUCUCAACCGUGGCUCUGGCCUCUACAUCUGGAUCAACUUGAAAACAUACCUGGAUCCGUGCACCUUUGAGGAAGAGCUGCUCCUCCAUCGCCGCUUCCUGGACAACAAGCUGAUGUUGUCCCGUGGCAAGAUCUACAUGUGCAAGGAGCCUGGCUGGUUCCGUAUCACCUUUGCGGAGAAGCCCCUCCGGCUACAACAAGCCAUGCACCGGUUCUAUCAGGUGCUCUCGGAGCAGAAGCAGGAUCUGAUCGUGAAGCAACUGGAGGACACACAGAGAGAGUAAGUGGCCUGCCGCCAGUCACCUGCUCAGAGCAUCCCUGACAUCAGCGUCUGGUCCAGAAGGCUGGGGCUUCUGGCCUGGUGCUGGGACCGAGCCAACCGUGGGCUCCUCCAGGAAUGGGCUCCUUGGACCCAGUCAUCAGUUUUCUCAAGCUAAGCAUCUGUCAUUUUGAAAGCAUUGCAUCUUUUUAGUCUUGGCUAGCCAUGGUGUGUCUUUAGGAAAUGUUUUUAUGGGGUUUGGGGUGGAGCUUUCAGGGUCCCAACU